UUUUCAAUCAAACAGCUUACACAGUGCAGCCUCUGUCUCUUCUACAGUGACAGGAGCGGUGCUGCUCACGAUGUUUCGUUAACAUUUAAGGUUAGUGUCAUUCCCAUGUUUAUGGGCCAAAAUGAAGGGGACACAAUAGCAGAUUUCCUUCACUUUCAUUUUAUGAGAAAUAACGACAGCCAGCUUACUGCGUGGGGUGGCUGAACACACUUCAGCGUCUCUCUAAUAGCCUGGGAGAGCCGGGAGACGAUUGAGAAGGGGGAAACCUUUCUGAUUUGUUUUUUUUCCCCCUCAGUUUGUAAAUGGCUUUGCAUUACUACCGCUGCAAGCUAGGACCGGACGAGGGUGUAUAACCGAUCGGGCAUUCGGUAUAGCAGUUCCACUCUCACUGCUGAAGUCUUUAGCUAGCGACGUUCCAGCCGGAAUUGGACGUGUCUCCGUGUGUACGCUAAAGGAAGGUGGAUAUAUUGCAGGUUGCGUAAAAAAAGAAACUGAAAGAUGGGGAACACGACCUCUUGCUGCGUAUCCUCUAGCCCCAAGCUCCGGAGAAACGCACAUUCCAGACUUGAGCCCUACCGCCCUGAGCCGGAGCUGAGCAGGGAGGAUACGGGCUGUAACCUACAGCACAUCAGCGACAGGGAGAAUAUUGACGAUCUGAAUAUGGAAUACAACCCCUCGGACCACCCGCGAGCCAGCACAAUAUUCCUCAGCAAGUCUCAGACCGAUGUUGCCGUUCCCAAGAAGAAAGUGAGAGAAAAACGCAAGAGCCUCUACAUUAACCAUCAUCCGCCUGGGCAAACGAGACGGAAGUACAGCUCCUGCUCAACCAUAUUCUUAGAUGACAGCACAGUCAGCCAGCCCAACCUUAAGUACACCAUUAAGUGUGUAUCACUUGCAAUAUAUUACCACAUAAAGAAGAGAGAUACAGACGGAAGAAUGUUGUUAGAUAUUUUCGAUGAGAAACUUCAUCCACUUUCGAAGUCUGAAGUUCCAUCGGACUACGAUAAGCACGACCCGGAGCAGAAGCAGAUCUACCGCUUCGUUCGAACCCUCUUCAGCGCGGCCCAGCUAACUGCGGAAUGUGCCAUCGUCACACUGGUGUACCUUGAAAGGCUUUUAACGUACGCAGAGAUCGACAUCUGUCCCGCCAACUGGAAGCGGAUCGUCCUCGGUGCCAUCCUGCUGGCCUCCAAGGUGUGGGACGACCAGGCCGUGUGGAACGUGGACUACUGCCAGAUCCUUAAAGACAUCACCGUGGAGGACAUGAAUGAACUGGAGCGGCAGUUCCUUGAGCUGUUGCAGUUCAAUAUCAACGUGCCGUCGAGUGUUUACGCCAAAUACUACUUUGACCUGCGGUCCCUGUCCGAGGCCAACAACCUGAGCUUCCCCCUGGAGCCGCUCAGUCGGGAGAAGGCCCAGAAACUGGAGGCAAUCUCCAGAUUGUGUGAUGACAAAUAUAAGGACUUGAGAAAAGCCGCCAAAAAGCGGUCGGUGAGCGCGGACAAUCUGACCACGGUGCGAUGGGCGCCCGCCAUCAUAUCCUAACAGGCCCUGGGGGGGGGGUCAGGAGAAGGGGUCGUCCUCCCCGGGGAACUUUUCAAACUCAGCUAGAUGCCUUCACAGUGCCUGUGUGUGCUGCAGCACAAAAGACCACCUUUUCAUUUGUGUGUAUGUGUGUGUGUGUGUGUGUGUGUGCGUGCGUGUGUGUGUGUGUGUCUGUGCGCGUGUGUCCCUGAGCAUUGUUAUUACCGCUGUUGUUGCUGUACAGAUUUCUCUCCUGUUGGCACAAGUAUGAAUCUGUGGCUGUGAAGUCGCUGGGCCAAGGACAGUCAGACAGGAGACGGUGCAUCUGCAGACCCACGCACCAUUCGAAAAGAAAAAAAGCAAAAUGACAACAAAGAAUUGCCGUGGCGGCAAUGAACAUUCUCCUGACUUUUGUUCCUAUUUCUCUGACUUUUAUGGCUGGUAUUUAAAAAGAAAAGAAAAGAAAAUGAUUUGCAGACAUUUACAAUGGUUUCUUAUGUUUGGCAGAUACAUUUUGUACAUUCCUAUGGUUUUAGUACUAAUUGAUUUGAAGAAAUUCCUCUCCCAAGCACAAAUGAGAUAAAAUGUGCAAUGUUUCCCGAAUCUUUGUACAUUCCUAAUAUUUUCCCUCUACCGCUCUCAAACAAUGGCUGCGACCAAUGGACGGUGCUGCGGUUUCUUGGGCUGACACGCCCCCAACAUGCCAAGUUUAUAUUUAAUGUCUAUUUCCAUUCUUCGCGCAGCUGAGCUCUUGCCGUAAUGCAGAAAACCGAGAGCGUUUCUGUGGAAGAUGACGAAGAACGCCCUUUGGACAGCGACUUUUCUUACCUCCGAGAACCACGGGCCUUGAGACUAGGGAAGAGGACCUAACAGUUUCCUGUAUAGAUUAUUUCAUCAUCGCUGCAAUGUUCUUAUUACUUGAGUAUGGCUUGUCUUAUGAGAAUCGGACCUUCAGAUAUGGCAGACCACUGACGAGAAUGGACAGUAAUGAGGGAGAAGCUCUGACAUUGCCUACCUAAACAGACCGGCUUUCCUUCGCAGUCGUUCGUCCUGCUCAGGUUGUUUACAAACACGCGUUUCCAGGAAGAGAAUUGUGAGUGUUGCUGUGAAAGAAUCGGUGGGGAGAAAGGGUGACCGUAUGGAGUCUGUUAGAUUCCCUCCUCCUCUGCUUCUGAUAGCUAUCCUCCCUCGGGUGACCCUUUAAAGGGUCGGGAUACCACCUUCAGAACCAGCCUCCCUCUCAGGGUGUGGUCAUGGCAGCCGUCCUGUGUUCCUGAUCAGUGCGGGUCUCUCCUGGGCCGCGCCCGUACGGUGCCACUGGAACAGCACCCGAAACCCCGAGAACCCGAGAGAGAGACGAGGAGCUACAGACGGACAGAACGAGAGAGGGCACUCGGUGAGAAAGAGAAUAAAAAAAGAGAUGUGGAGUCAGAGAGGUAAAUUUGAAAAGAAGGCAAAUGAUGGCGAAAGGCACAGAAAGAGGCUAAAUUUGAAGAGGAAAUAAUCGUCUACUUCGAAGGAAAAAAUGGUCCAUCCAAUGUGCCCAAAAGUCAUGUUGAAUUUCCAUUGCUUUAUUUUAUAAUUAUUUUAAAAAAUGAUUUGCUCCUUGAUUAUUGUUAUGCAUUUUAAAAUCCUUCUUAUUUAUUCCAUUUUUUUGUUUUUUUUUAUGAGGGAGGGAGAUGAAUUUGUUCUUUACCUGGCUCUCGUGAGCUGAUUCUCAGCCUAAACCGAACCAGUCACCCAAAGUAAUUAACAUACUCCCUCAACGACCAUGUUUACAAUGUAACAAUUAGCCAAUCAAGUAAACCACAAGAAGCAUGUGUGGAGAGGCUGUGAAAGCACAGUGUGGCCAUUCACCUAGCAGUGGAGGUUCAGUACCACCAGUCAACCCAUGACAUCCAAAUAUGACCCUGACGCCCAAAAGCUUGGUUGUCCCUUGAAAGAUAUGCAUGUUGGUUAUCAUAGCAUGUGGUGCAUCUAGAGUAAGAGGAAGUACAGGCAGUCCAAAAAGAGAAUAAUAACCCCUGGGAGUGUUUGCGUACAUGUUCCUGGAUUUUUGACUUGUUGGACUGUGGAAUUUUCCAUUUUCAAAUGCUCAAGAGAUGCGGUUUUAUUUCUUAUUCUAUCAGGAAGAAUAUAAAUGAUCACGCUUGUAGGAGAACGGGAUGGCAGGCUCAUUUAGCUUUUGAAUUCGCUGAUGCCUGUACUAAGAUCCCGUUGCAUCCUGUUCUUCCAUAUGUGACAGAACACAAGGAGCACGUGAUUAGCAUCCGCUCUCUUAAAUAUUUAUUUUCCGAGUACAUCAUGCAGCACUAGAGAGAUAAGUGGUCUCCAAUCUCGAACCCCUAAGAUUAAAGACAAUGAUAUGAAAUAGAACAAAGUAGGUAUUUUGGAAAUUAAUUUUGUAAAGUGUACAUAAAAUCUCUUGAGACUAUAACUUAAAAAUGUGCUGAAAUAUUGAAAUAUUUAUAGUCAAUAACUGGUCAGUAUUUAUGUGAUGGAAAAUGAUGAUGGUUUCAUUUUUCCCCUUAUUUUAGUCCGGAUCAGUUGUAAUGAAUUGAACAGAAAUGACAAACUCAGCAAAAAUGUUUUAUAUUGGUAAUUUAUUGUUUGAUAAAAAAAAGAAUUAGCAGUAUUUUAUUAUACUUCACAUUAUGAGCAAUGGUUCCAUUGAUUUUUCUGUGAACAUUUCCCCAUUUCAUUUCUGUAAGUCUAAACAUUCUUGAAUAUGAUAAGGAAGGGUGAAUUAUCUGGCUCAGAGUAAAUGCAUAAAUGUUUAUGAAAGUGUCCAAAAGGUGUUUUAAGUUUUAAACCCAAUUUUUCAUUCUUGUAACCCAUCUUCCGUGCACAAUCAGUGAUUGGUACUUACUGUACCAUCUGAUUUGCAUUGAAAUAUAGAAUCAGGACUAAGGAAAGUAUGUACAAAUAAUGUGAUACCAUUUUGCUCUUACACCUGUUAAAUGAGCAAUAUUAUGAUAAAGCCCCUUAUUGUACCUGAAUCAUAAAAUCACUAGUUAUAAAAAAUUGAAAAAUAUUCUCACGACCAAAGAAAUGUAUAUAACAUAGAGAAAUUACUUUAGUACAUUGAAUUCAAGAUUUUGACACAAAAUAACCAAUUAGCUGAUUAGCUAAGUACUUCCAAUAAAAAUCCAGGCUGAUAUAAUUGAACUACAAUGGUGCGCUGCCAUUAUUUUAUUUCAAAGUAGUGUUGUCAGUUCAGUUCACAUUGCAAGGAAACCACUUGUACUCAAAAUUGAUGCACUUGCUUUGUCCAGUCGAAGAUAAUUGCAUUUACAAAAUGAAUGGUGAAAUCAUUGUGGACAGCCAUAUCGUUUCAAACUCGUUUCAUAUAAUUGUUUCAUAUAAUCAUGGCCUAAUUAUUUGUGCUUCAUUUGCAAUGUGAUUUAAUGACUGCAUGUUAUCAUUAAUACGUCAGCAGCCUGAGGUGGUGUUACUGAAGCUUACACUGAGACUUAAUUAGGUGAUAUAUUUGCAUUUUGGCUCAUGUUUCUACAUCUGUGGUUGUUAUCCAAGUAAAGGGACAUUUUCAAUUGCCCACAUGUUGAUUCAUGUCCCUAUGUUGUCUUAACCUACACUCUCUCUCUUACUUUCUCUCACAUACUACCCCCCCCCCCCCCCAUACUCUCUUUCUCACACACACACACACACACAUUUGAAAUUAAGACACCCUUGCACAAGUUAUAUUAAGGAUUUAUGCUGAAGUUGAAUUCAGUCCCUGGUUUUUUGUACUAAUGAAGCUGAAGGAACUGGAAAUAUGGUCUAGCUUGGUUAGUCAUGUUUGUAGCCUCAAAACACACUGUUGAGCUCAUGCAUAUGUCAGUGGCAGGACAAACACAAUAUGAUGUUCAUUGCCAAUAUGUAAAAAGUGAUGGUGCUGUACUGGAGUAUAAAUAUAAUGAAGGACCGGCCCUGGUAAUGAGUGGAGGAGAAUUGCAGUGCAUUGUGGUCCUUUCUGCACACCAUCUGGAAUGACUGAGAAUCUGGAAAUGAAACAACUGCAUGAAGCUGUGAAAGACAUAAGAAUUUGUCCUUGGGAAAAAGUGGAGAUAUUCUUGUGAAAUGUUUGAAUUAUUUGAAGAUUGUAUAUCUUAUUUAUCGUAUGUGUGUACAUACAGCCUGGUGUUAAUCUCAGAACUAAAGUAAACUCAGUCCGUCAGGGCUAAGCCUGUGGUAGACUGGUGAUUGGUGUUAUAGCAUUGUGCACUGAACUCUACCUCUGCAUAGAGUCGUUUCCUUUCUUUUUUAAAUUUAGGAUUUACAAAUUAAAAUUUUUAAUGUCUUUAUACUAUUUGUGGUUUCCUGUGCUAACAAAAUGACUGCUGUAAAGGUGGAUUCUGUUUAGCCUUCUAUCCUUACUUGUGCUAUUCUGCUUCAGUUUUCUGUUCACUCCUCUGGGUUCGAUCUGUAUGCUAGCCUUCGCUCCGCUCCUGUUCUCAGUUUGCCAAAUGCAGAGCAGUGGUUCUUGGGUAUUCUCUCUGAUUGUAUCUCUCUCUUUUAUUUCUUUCUUUCUUGGUCUGUUUGCAUAGUGGUCUUGGUCCUGCAUUUCAUUGCGACUGGGGACGGAGUUGCUGCAUGCUGUCCUUUUUAAACUAUCAUUUUACUGACAGUCCAGUUUCAUAAAAGAUGUUUAGAAAACUACACAAGAAAUAAACAUUUCAAACUUGCAAUAAAAAGGCCUUCUCUGCUUUCA